UUCUAAAGCUUUCCCUCUGCUUUGAAAGAAGAAACACUCACCAUAGUAAGCACUCUCUUCAGUCUCCCCAAGUUUCCUUCACUUCUUUGUGCUUGUGUGUGUGUUCUGCAAGUUGGCACCCAUGGAGAACCCAUUUAACCUUCUCCUUCAUGUUGCAUUUACACUUCAGUUUGUUAUGUUUCCAUCUUUCUUGCUUUCAAUCUCUGCAGGGGAUAAUGGUGGUUCUUCGACGAUCAAGUCUGAUGGAGAAGCUCUUGUUCUAUUCAAGAAGAUGAUUCAGAAAGACCCCAAUGGAGUUCUCUCAGGGUGGGAUCUGAAAAGAAAUCCAUGUAACUGGUAUGGAGUCACUUGCACUCUUGGACGAGCAACCUCGCUUGAUCUUAGCGGGGCUAAUCUCGUUGGGGCUAUCCCAUUCUAUCCUUUAGAGUCUCUUGAUAUGCUAUCAGUUCUUAAUCUCUCAAGCAAUUCAUUUACUGUAAAUUCUUCUACCUCUUUGCUUAAUCUCCCACCUGGUUUAAAACAACUUGAUCUAUCUUUCAGUGGACUUCUUGGUCUUAUUCCUGAUGGGUUCUUCUCCAAAUACCAGAAUCUGGUUUAUGUGAAUCUAGCCCACAACAAUCUAACAGGUUUUAUACCCAACAAUCUAUUAGUGAAUUCUGUUAAUUUGCAGGUUCUUGACAUUUCUUUUAAUAAUCUAACCGGCACCAUUUCUGGUAUAAAUCUUGAGAAUUCCUGUGAUAGCUUGUUUCAUCUUGAUAUCUCUGGCAACCAAAUUACUGAUGUUAUUCCUUCAUCCCUUUCAAGCUGCAUAAAUCUUAAGACCUUAAAUUUCUCAUUCAAUCAGUUUACUGGUUGGAUACCAACAACAUUGGGUGGGCUUACUAGUUUGCAGAGGUUGGAUUUCUCUCAUAAUCAUCUCAUGGGUUCCAUACCAUUGGAGUUGGGUGAUGCAUGUGGCUCACUUAUUCAACUUAAGCUUUCCAACAACAACUUCUCAGGUUCAAUUCCAACUUCCUUCUCCUCCUGUACUUGGCUACAAGUGCUUGACUUGUCCAAUAACAAUCUGUCAGGUCCCUUUCCUGAUUCUUUCUUCCAAAACCUUGUCUCAAUAGAGAGUUUUUUGUUGAGCAAUAACUUCAUCUCUGGAAACUUUCCUGCUUCCAUCUCAAACUGUAAGCGAUUAAGAAUUGUCGACUUCAGCUCCAACAAGCUUUCUGGUAUCAUCCCAGCAGAUUUAUGUCCAGGUUCUGCUUCACUUGAAGAGCUGAGACUCCCUUAUAAUCUCAUCACUGGUGAAAUCCCACCGGAGUUGUCACAGUGUUCACAGCUGAAGAUCAUUGAUCUUAGCAUUAACAAUCUCCAUGGCCCUGUUCCCGCACAGCUCGGAAAGCUUGCUAAUCUUGAGCAAUUGAUGGCCUGGUUCAAUGGCUUACAAGGGAAAAUCCCAGCAGAAUUAGGCCAAUGUAGGAACCUAAAGAAUCUCAUUCUAAACAACAAUUUCCUCACUGGUGAAAUCCCAGUUGAACUGUUCAAUUGCAGCAACCUUGAAUGGAUAUCUCUCACUAGCAAUGGCAUUACCGGUGAGAUUCCACGUGAAUUUGGGCUCUUGUCAAGGUUGGCUGUUCUGCAACUUGCAAACAACAGCUUGAGUGGCCACAUACCAAAAGAGCUGGCGAAUUGUAGUAGCUUGGUCUGGUUAGACCUCAACAGUAACAAGCUUACAGGGGAGAUCCCUCCUCGACUGGGAAGGCAGCUUGGAGCAAAAUCACAGAAUGGGAUUCUUUCAGGUAACACUUUAGCAUUUGUGCGCAAUGUGGGGAAUUCAUGCAAAGGAGUAGGAGGGUUGUUAGAAUUCGCAGGAAUCAGACCAGAGAGGCUCUCAGAAGUUCCAAAAUUGAAGACCUGUGACUUCACAAGGUUAUAUUCUGGUCCAAUCUUGAGCCUGUGGACACAUUACCAGACUCUGGAGUAUCUUGACCUUUCCUAUAAUGAGCUUAUUGGGAAGAUCCCAGAAGAAUUUGGGGACAUGGGGGCCCUACAAGUGCUGGAUUUAGCCCAUAACAAGCUCUCUGGAGAGAUCCCUGCAUCACUUGGACAGCUCAAAAAUCUUGGUGUGUUUGAUGCAUCCCAUAACAGGUUGCAAGGGCACAUCCCAGAUUCAUUUUCCAAUCUCUCUUUCUUAGUACAAAUCGAUCUGUCUGACAAUGCAUUAACAGGCUCAAUUCCAUCAAGAGGGCAACUGAGUACUCUUCCAGCAAGCCAGUAUGCAAACAAUCCAGGACUCUGUGGUGUCCCACUACCUCCAUGCCCAAACGAAAAUGGGGUAUCGACAACAAGUCCUAUUGUUGAUGGUAGUAAGGGAGGAGGACGACCCAAGGCUGCAUCAUGGGCUAAUAGCAUUGUCUUAGGAGUUCUUAUAUCGGUGGUGUCUGUCUGUAUUUUGAUCAUUUGGGCAAUUGCUAUGCACGCAAGGCGGAAGGAGGCCGAAGAAGUUAAGAUGAUCAACAGCUUGCAAGACUCCUAUGCAGCAUGGAAGAUAGACAAGGAGAAAGAGCCAUUGAGCAUCAAUGUGGCCACCUUUCAGAGGCAGCUGACGAAGCUCAAGUUCUCGCAGCUCAUUGAGGCUACCAAUGGCUUCUCAGCUGCCAGCCUAAUUGGGUCCGGUGGGUUUGGGGAAGUGUUCAAGGCUACGCUCAAAGAUGGUUCAAGUGUGGCAAUUAAGAAGCUCAUACGCUUGAGCUACCAGGGGGAUCGAGAAUUCAUGGCAGAGAUGGAAACUCUAGGAAAAAUUAAGCAUAGAAACCUUGUUCCUCUGUUGGGUUAUUGCAAGAUUGGUGAGGAGAGGCUCCUUGUGUAUGAAUUCAUGGAAUUUGGAAGCCUUGAAGACAUGCUCCAUGGAAGGACAAAGACACAAGAAAGACGAAUAUUAACAUGGGAGGAAAGGAAGAAGAUUGCAAGAGGAGCAGCAAAAGGGCUAUGUUUCCUGCACCACAAUUGCAUCCCACACAUUAUACAUCGCGACAUGAAGUCAAGCAACGUGCUCUUAGACCAUGAAAUGGAAGCGAGAGUAUCAGACUUUGGGAUGGCAAGGCUCAUAAGCGCACUGGACACGCACCUCAGUGUGAGCUCACUAGCAGGAACACCUGGGUAUGUGCCACCCGAGUACUACCAGAGUUUCCGCUGCACUGCCAAAGGGGAUGUUUAUUCAUUUGGUGUUGUCCUGUUAGAAAUAUUGACAGGUAAAAGGCCAACCGAUAAGGAGGAUUUUGGCGACACCAAUUUGGUGGGUUGGGUGAAGAUGAUAGUGAGGGAAGGGAAGGGGAAGGAAGUGAUCGAUCCAGAGCUGAUUUCAGUGAUUAAGGGAGGCGAUGAAGAUGAAUCUGAGGAGGUUAAAGAGAUGAUGAGGUACUUGGAUAUAACAAUGCAGUGUGUGGAUGAUUUUCCUUCCAAAAGGCCCAACAUGUUGCAGGUGGUGGCUAUGUUGAGGGGAGCUGAUACCAGUAGAUAGCAAAAUGAACAACUAUGGUUGAAUUCCACCCAGCUUUUGCUUUUAUUUAUUCUGUUCUUUAUUGUUAGAAUAUUUUUAAGUUGUAAAAUUGGUUGUCUAUGAGUGUUUCAUGUCUCUUGACAUCUCUCUUU